AUGGGAUCCAACAAGCCUCGUGGACUUAACGCAGCACGAAAACUCCGCAUCUCCCGCCGCGAGAACCGAUGGGCGGACAAGUCGUACAAAAAGCGUGCGCUCGGUAACGUCUACAAGACCUCUCCUACAGGAGGUUCUUCGCACGCCAAGGGGAUCGUCCUCGAAAAGGUCGGUGUCGAGGCCAAGCAGCCCAACUCUGCCAUUCGCAAGUGUGUGCGUGUGCAGCUCAUCAAGAACGGAAAGAAGGUCACUGCUUUCGUUCCCAAUGACGGUUGCUUGAACUUUGUCGACGAGAACGACGAAGUCCUCAUUUCCGGUUUCGGUCGUCGCGGAAAGGCAAAGGGUGAUAUUCCUGGUGUGCGUUUCAAGGUCGUCAAGGUCUCUGGUGUCGGUCUUCUCGCCUUGUGGUCUGAGAAGAAGGAGAAGCCUAGGUCAUAA